AUGCCAAUGGAUCACAUCACCUCGGAAAAGCUCGUGUCAACCUCUUACAAAAUCAGGUCGAAAGCAUUGAGGAACUUCCCGAGUUGCAAGGUUCAGCCGGACGGAGCCUCGUUCACCGUGCGAUGCCGAAACAUUACCUGGCAGAAAUGGAAUUUUCAACUUGGAUGGAAUGUCCGCGAAGGCCCAGUCCUUCAUAAUGUGUUCUACGACAACCGAUCCUUGUUCUAUCGCGUCUCCAUGAGCGAAAUGACAGUGCCUUAUGGCGAUCCGCGCACCCCUUUCCACCGGAAGCAGACAUUCGACCUGGGAGAUUCCGGCUUUGGCUUGACAUCAAACACAUUGACUUUCGGCUGUGAUUGUCUCGGGCAUAUCCGCUACUUCGACGGCUACCGCACUUCCAGCGACGGUAAAGCCGUUCUCAUGCCUAGUGUUGUCUGCAUGCACGAAGUCGAUCAAGGCAUUGGUUGGAAACACACAAAUUUCCGUAAUGGCAUGUCGUCAGUGGUCCGUGACCGCCAACUGGUCAUCCAAUGCACAGCUACUGUUACCAACUACGAAUAUAUCCUUGCCUUUAUUCUUGAUCAAGCCGCGAAUCUACACAUCGAAGUCAGAGCGACUGGCAUAGUCUCAACAAUGCCCGUGGCAAAAGGAGUGCAUACUCCUUGGGGCAGCGUCGUUGUUCCUGGAGUCAUGGCCGUGAAUCAUCAGCACCUGUUCAACGUUCGCCUCGACCCUGCUCUGGAUGGUCAGAAGAACAGUAUCAUCUACGACGAUUGCGUCCCGGUAGUCGAUGAUCCGACGCUCGAUCCCUUCGGCUGCGCGUUUAAAGUAGAGACCACGACGAUCAAGAAGCCAGGUGGCUACGACAUCGAUCUUGGAGCCUUUCGGACUUACAAGAUCAUCAAUCCCUCCGUUGUGAACUCGGCCUCUGGUAAGCCGGUUGGGUACAAACUGAACACUGUACCAUCGCAAAUGAUGAUGAUGGGCAAGCACACAUUCAAUUACAAGCGUGGUGUUUUUGCCAGUAAGCCGAUAUGGGUGACCAAAUAUGGUGACGAAGAGCUUUGGGCUGCUGGGGAAUUUACGAACCAAAGCCGUGAAGAUACGGGACUUGCGAUCUGGGCAAUCGGAAUGAGAAUGUGGAAGACGAGGAUGUCGUGCUUUGGCAUACAUUUGGCGUCACGCAUAUCACAAGGCCUGAAGAUUUCCCAGUGA